UUUCCGCUACGUCACUUCCGCUCAAAUGGCGGCGCCCUGGCGGCGGGCGCUGGGCCAGGUCCGGGCCUGGCCGGCCAUCGCUGCCCCGCUGCGACCUUACCGGGCGGCCCCGCUGCGGCGGCGGCUGGGCCCGGCCCCGGCGGCCGCCGACGACCAGCGGGCGGCGGCGCGGCGGUUCGGGCGGCUGGGGGAGGCGGCGGCGGUGCCGCUGCGGCAACUAUGGCCGGACCCCGAGCAGCUGCGGGCGAUCGUGGCGGAGGAACGCGAGUGGGAGCCGUCGCUGCAGGAGAUGGAGGCGGCGCUGGAGCGGCGUGAGCGGGAGGAGGCGCGACGGAGGCAGGAGAGGCAGCAGCUGGUGGCCCGCAGCCUGGCGGCAAUGCCAGCACGGAUAAGUGCCUGGCAGCAGGAGCGGGCACAGGCGCGGGAGCGAGUGCGGCAGGAGGCGGCGCGGCGGCAGCGGCUGUUGGCCGAAGCAGGGCUGGCGGGGGGACCCUCCAGCCGCGGCACCCCCCGCCGCGACAGCCCCCAGGCCCAGGUGCUGCUGCAGGACCUGGAGCGGCAGCAGCGGCGUGAGGAGAAGCGGCGGCAGCGGCAGGAGCGCCAAGAAGCUGCCCGCAGUGCCUUGGCAGCUGCCGAAGCUGCUGCCGCCUCCCAGCCUCCCCCCGGAGCCCCCACCAAGACCCCAGGGACCGUCUCCUCCUAAAUGUGCCCCCCCCCCCAUCAAAUCACACCUACGCGAGCCCAAAAUGGGUUGAAAAUUCUGCAUUUAAUCUUA